AUGGCAACCUCCAAACUCUUCGUUAUUGUCGUAGUACUCGUUUCAAUGACCUUCAUCAACACUUCCAGCCCCGGCAAGCCCACAACAACGCCAAAGUUCCCUGCCAUUAUCAUCUUUGGCGAUUCAACAGUCGAUUCCGGUAAUAACAAUUAUAUCGGCACAUUGUUUAAAGCUAACAUACCCCCAUAUGGAGAAAAUUAUCCAGGCCAUAUUCCCACAGGGAGGUUUACAGAUGGAAAACUUGUUCCAGACUUUGUGGCCUCUUCUAUGGGGAUCAAAGAGGCUGUACCUCCUUUUCUGCAACCAAAUCUAUCUGAAGAUGAACUUCGCACGGGUGUUAGCUUUGCCUCUGCUGGAUCGGGAUAUGAUGAUUUAACUACUACAUUAUCCGAUGUGAUCCCAGUUUCAAGGCAAGUUGAGCUCUUUAAGAGUUACAUAGAGAAGCUUAAGGGAAUUGUAGGAGAAGAGGAGGCCAAGAACAUCAUUGGUAAGGCUCUGGUUAUAAUCAGUGCAGGAACUAAUGACUUUGUUUUCAAUUUCUUCGACAUACCAACAAGACGAUUGGAGUUCGGCAAUAACGGGUACGAAGAUUUUCUGCUGCGGAGGGUAGAAGACUUUGUUAAGGAAUUAUAUGAUCUCGGAUGCCGAAAAAUGAUUGUAGCUGGUGUACCACCAAUUGGUUGUCUACCCAUUCAAAUGACAGCCAGACUUGAGUUUCCAAGAAAUCGACGAUGUUUGGACGAUCAGAACUCAGAAGCGCAAUCUUAUAACAUGAAGCUUGCGAAAUUGUUGCCUGAAAUACAAGCAAAGCUGCCAAGGAGCAAAAUUUUGUAUGCAGACACUUACAAGUCAUUGAUUGACAUGAUAAAUCAUCCUCAGCAAUAUGGAUUUGUGGAAACAAAGAUAGGUUGCUGUGGCACCGGACUCCUGGAAGCUUCAUUCUUGUGUAAUCCAUUGACACCAAUGUGUCCAAAACCUUCACAGUUUAUAUUUUGGGAUAGUGUUCAUCCCACCCAAGAAGUCUACCGAAACCUUGCCAAAUACCUUGAGAAGGAAAUUGUUCCUCAGUUACUAUAGACUGCUACAUAGAACCCGAGACAAGUGAAGAACUUCUGGCUUGAUUUCUUUGUAUUGCCUUUUUUAGCUUAGGAAAACAAUUUAUAUUCUAACCUUUAUAAAUUUUUAUUUAGGAAGUUUUAGAAUGAAUUUGACCUAUUCUUAUAUUGAUCUCCAACUUUUAUUUAAGAAAACUAUCAUUUAUCAUAAAUUGAGUUUUUAGA